UUUCCUUUUAUAGAAGCAACCGAAACACUUACCAGUUAUUACCUACCUUUUUUAUUCACCCUGCCAACUAUUUGAUAAAAGUUCAACUUCACUUGAGAGCUAAACCAUGUCCUCUGCUGACUUUUAUGGACAAAAACAUGACGUCAUUUUCGAGGAUUUUGAGGUCGGCGAUUUCUUGGCCAUACUAUUUCAUUGACUAUUCCAAUCAAAGCCACUUCUCUUGGAUUUGGGACCCCACUAUUUGCUGGUCAUUGAUGUCAAGCUUCCCAAUUCCACCGCUGUGCCAUUCAGUUACGUGGUUAAGUUUACUUCUGAGCUCAAAUCCCCAUCCUUUCAGGUUUCAAGAGUGCUGUUGAAUAGUGGAGCAAUGUUUUUUGUGCAAAUUUGGGACUCUUAACGUUGGCCAAAUUUCAAUUUUGAUAUCCAACGUCAGUAUGGAACCAUACCCUUAUUCUCCCAAGAGAAGUGGAGCCUCGUAUUGGGGAUCUUGUAGAGUUCAAUUGGAGGGAACAACAUCAUUAGAUGGUGAUAUGAGCAAUUCAAUUUCAGAUGAUAUGGCUUGUAGCUUCUCCGGGCUCAUGAAUUUUGAUCCUUAUGCCGGCUUGUACAAUAGCCCAUCGAUAACUGAUCAGGUUUUCAAUAAUGGCCUUCCAUCAUCAUAUCCGUCUACCCCUGGGUUCAAUCUAGAGGAAAACAAUAGUAGCCAAUUCUUCAGGACAGAAAUGAAUGGAUAUUUCAACACUAAACAAGGCUCCCCUGGUUAUGGGGAGAAAAUUGCGUUUCAACAAAUGGACACCUUACUUGGUUUUUUUGAUGGCACAGAUGAUACACAUAGUUUAAGUUCUAUGCAAAAAAUUAAUGGCUCUUCUCAACACCUUGAUGCCAUUGGCAGUUAUAUCAUGUCCAAGCCAGCUAGUUUGUCACUUGAUGAGAGAAUGUUGAAAGCCUUGUCCGUCUUUAAGGAAUCAGCUGGUGGUGGAAUAUUGGCACAGGUUUGGGUUCCUAUAAAGGAUGGUGAUCAAUUCUUCUUGACCACAAGUGAACAGCCUUAUUUACUAGACCAAAUUCUUGCCGGAUAUCGUGAAGUGUCAAGAACAUACACAUUUUCUACUGAAGGAAAACCGGGUUCUCUCCCAGGACUUCCUGGUCGUGUGUUUAUGUCCAAAACUCCUGAGUGGACUUCCAACAUUGGUUAUUACAAUAAGAAUGAGUACUUGAGGAUGGAUGAUGCGAUUAAUCAUGAGGUUCGUGGAUCAAUUGGUUUACCCAUAUCUGAUCUGCACUCUGAACUGCCAUGUUGUGCUGUACUGGAACUUGUCACUACAAAUGAAAAGCCUGAUUUUGAGAAGGAAAUGGAUAUUGUUUGUCAUGCACUACAGAAUGUAGAUCUAACGGCUAAUAUGCCUCCUCGACUUCUUCCUCAGUGUCUUUCAAACAGCAAACGUGCUGCUUUGACGGCCAUAGUUGAUGUCUUACGAUCCGUUUGUCAUGCGCAUAGAUUGCCAAUAGCACUGACAUGGAUUCCUUGUUGUGUCGCUGAAGACGCAGAAGGUAAAGAUACAAAGAUACACAUUAAAGAGGGUCAUUCGAGUCCUCGUGAAAAGAACAUACUAUGCGUUGAAGAAUCAGCAUGCUAUGUAACUGAUAAAGCAAUGGAAGGAUUUGUUCAUGCUUGCAUUGAACACCAUCUUCAGGAAGGGAAAGGUAUAGCUGGGAGAGCUCAUCAAUCAAAUCAUCCUUUCUUUUGUCCUGAUGUGAAGGCCUAUAAUAUUAGUGAAUAUCCACUUGUUCAUCAUGCGCGCAAGUACAAUCUGAAUGCUGCAGUUGCAAUUAGGCUGAGGAGUACUUAUACUAAUGAUGAUGAUUACAUACUGGAAUUCUUUUUGCCUGUAAACAUGAAAGGGAGCUCAGAACAGCAACUUCUCUUAGACAACCUCUCAGGUACCAUGCAGAAAGUUUGUAGGAAUUUAAGAACAGUUUCAGAUGAGGAAUUAUCAAGAAUGAAAGGCUCACAUGUAGAAUUUAAAAACAAAAAUGUCCCUAGAAUUUUUCCUAUGUCCAGGAGAAACUCCCAAAUACCAUUAACAAACAGUAACCAUGAUUCAGUCCGUAAGAUGUCCAUCAAGGCAUCUAACCAAGGAAACAAUGGAAUUGAGUCUUCUCAUAACCAGGAAAGAAAUGGAUCAAGAAGGAUGGUUGAGACAAAGAGACCAGCUGAGAAGAAAGUUAGUUUGAGUGUUCUUCAGCAACACUUCUCCGGUACUCUGAAGGAUGCUGCUAGGAGCAUUGGUGUUUGCCCGACAACUCUGAAAAGGAUAUGCAGGAAACAAGGGAUUUCGAGAUGGCCAUCCCGCAAGAUCAAGAAAGUGAACCGAUCGUUAAAGAAAAUACAGACCGUGCUCGACACUGUCGAAGGACUGGAAGGAGGGUUGAAGUUUGAUCCCUGUAUAGGGGCACUUGUAUCAAGAGAAGGAGAAUCAAUCAUCCAAGAAAUUGAUGCACACGAUACUCUUUUGCACCCUGAGAAUGUUACUGCAAAAGAAAAAUGGGUUCUGAACAAGGGUGGUUCAAGAGAAGACAAAUCGAAACAUUCAAGUAUCUUGGUUAAUAGGGAUGAUGAUGGAGCUGUUGAACAUAACCACCCUUCUUCUUCAGGCUUUACAAACUCAUCUAAUGAUUCUGGUUCAAACCAGAGGCAGAACUUGAAAGGCAAAUCAACCUUUGCCGAUAAAACUGGGUUGAAACUUCAAGCCAAAGCUACCUAUGGCGAAGACACUGUUCGUUUCAAGUUUGAUCCAUCCUGGGGUUGUUUGAAGCUAUAUGAAGAAGUUGCAACAAGGUUCAAAUUACAAAAUGGGUCGUUUCAACUCAAAUAUCUAGAUAAUGAACAAGAGUUGGUGAGGUUGUUAGAUGACUCAGAUUUGCAGGAGUGUAUCGAAAUAUUGGAUGAAGUUGGGAAAAGUUGUGUCAGGUUUGUUGUUCGCGACAUACCAUGCAAUUUAAGCAGCUCCAGCUGCAGUAGUUGCUACCUAGGAUGUGACUCAUAGCAUAACAUACGAGGUUAUGUUGGAUAUGGAUACUUCAAUGCAACAAUUUACUCAAGUCCUUCGUUUUCAGAGUCUUGCUGAACUCAGAUGGAAGCUCAAGCAUUGCAAUGGCACGUUAAAGUUAUAGGUUAGAAGCAACAUAGAAAUUCAUUCACAUUAGUCGCUAAUUAGGACAUAGGCAAAUAGCUUUCAAGUUCAGUAUAUCAGUUAAUAGUAUAGAUUAUAGAUUAUUUGCCAUGAGAUAAUAAUGUGUAAUUACGAUAAGAAAAUAACGAUUGUCGUGUGUGUUUGAUGGUUGAA